AUGACAAUUAUAGAUAGCAACUACAACGUCAGUGCCCAGCCCUCGAGCCUCAGCGGACUUUCCUUAGCGUGUCUUGUAGGCUCCAUCCACCAGGUGAACGAGAGGAUUGCUGAAGUGAGCCUGACUCCCAAGCCGCUGGACAACAUCCUGGCAAUUGAGAGAUUUGAGAUGGAGAAGAAGGCUUUAAAAGAGAAAAGCCACCGCAGCUCGGAAGACAGAGGCAAAAGUCAAAGAAAAGCACCCGAUACUUGCAGUGGCUCGGUGUCCAGAAAUGUCCGAUCUAUCUCUAUUAAAAGGAGAACGGCAGAUAAAAAGCUGUUGGCCGAGCUCUACCACUGCCCCCAGUUUAGCGACUCUAAGCCGAAUGAGCUCCCAAAUGGGGUGGACUUCUGUGACAUGGUGGCCAAUGUCGUCCGGUCUGAGAGAAACCCCUUUACUGGCAAGUUUUUCUGUUCACAUAGAGACUUAGAGAAGUUUCUCUCUUCUCCUCCCGUCCGAGCCAUGUGGCUGGAUAGCUUCUGGUGGAUCUUCCAUGAAAGGUACCAGCGCAACAGGGAGGUCCAGAACAAGCUGUUUGCGCGGAUAGCCCAGCAGUACGCCUCGCUGCUGUCCCGUGGGGCCCGGCCCCACUCGGAAGAGGCUGUCUUAAACAGGCUGCCAUCGCUUCUGAGUAAAGGCCUGUACACCAGCUUCAGUUCCUGCUUCCCACAGUCCUGGCUCAACACACACGACUUCAAGUCUUACAUCUGUAACACCAUGAGCCUGUGGAUUUCAGGUAUAUAUCCCAGCCCACUGGGCUAUGACACUUGGGACUACUCGAACCUGGACCCAGAGAGAUUCCGGAGAGAAGGGUUAAUGUCGAGAAGAAGACGAUGGAGAAGGGAAAAACAGAUGUCUUUCCUCAUUCCUAAGGCAUACUCUUCUUACAAGAUUGUCCGUAGCGGGAAAGUCUCCUGUUCUCAGUGGACUAGUGGGCGUUUGAAAAGCAGGAGAAGCUGUUUAUCCGAGAAUUCAGAGGACACCCCACAAUCACAGAACACCACGCAAGAUCAUGGUGAGACUCAGGCCUUGAGGAAAGCUACACAAGUCAAGAAAAGAUCAGAAGCUAGAAUAUAUGAGAAUAUGCUUCCUAAGAAGUCUCACCCUGCCUGCAAAAUGCCCGAGAUGUCUUCCAACCUCUUCAACAUUUACGGGAAGAGUCCUCUGGUUGUUUACUUUCUGCUGAACUACGCCACCCUGCGGCAGUGUGGCCAAGACGUGCUGAUGACCAGGACGGAAAUAACCACGACCGUCCCUGAGUCCAGCCUGACCUACGCUGAUGUCAUCAACCUGACCCUGUGCAACAUGAAGAAGCGAAGGGACAACCUCCUGCAGCUGACCCAGUUCCGGUGCAAUGAAUGGAGUUACUUUGACCAGUACCUAGCAGAGCUGCAGGACAACUUCCUCAGGGAGACGAAGAAUUUAGACCAAAGAGAAGCCGAUAAAAAAAGGGCACACCGCACAUUCAUCCCACCUCCAGCCUUUUAUGAGGAAACCCUGGAAAAGAAACAUAAAGCCAACCAGGAGAAAGAGACCAAAUUUCUUCUAAGGAAGGAAAAAGAGGAGGAAGAGAGACAUAAGUUGUAUGACUUUUCCUUGCCACUUUCAAGUCAUGAUGAAAGCUCCUAUGAUGAUUCUGACUUCAGGUAGGUAGAACAACAACAGGAGGAGAAAACGGAAAUUGUGGCCAAAGACUGAAAAAUAACAAUAAUGAUUCCCAGGAGAGAGAAGAG